UCGCUGACCGCCUAAAAUUUAUGUGUGCCUGCUCAGACUUCCUCUUCGGGUCGACAUCUCGGCUUCUGAGUUACUUGGUAACUAGAAGAUUAAAAAUGUCACAACCUACACGCCUGUAUACAAAAGGUAUUGUCCUCGGCUACAAGAGAGGCUUGCGUAAUCAGCAACCAAACACCUCCCUUUUAAGAAUCGAAGGGGUAGCUGCCAAGAAAGAAACAGAUUUCUACCUUGGCAAACGUGUUGCCUUUAUCUACCGUGCUAAGAGAAAAUCUGUAGCCAAAGGUGAUAAGAAAGCCAGCAAAGUGCGAGUAAUGUGGGGAAAGAUAACAAGACCUCAUGGAAACAGUGGUGUUGUACGAGCAAAGUUCAGGCAUAACCUCCCACCUAAAGCAAUGGGUGCUACCGUUAGAGUGAUGCUGUACCCAUCAAGGAUUUAAGUUGAUUCUUGUGCUCUGCAGCUGUACAAAUAAAAUCCCUUCAUAACAUA